AAACAUCAAAAACAGCACUUGGUUGAAAACAGUAUGAAUUCCAAAAUUGUUUUGUCUUUCUUUGGCUUAAUGCUUGUUCAGGCAAUCUCUGGACAGUGCAUCAACAACCAAGCUUGGGCUCAACCAGGUUAUGGACAAGGUUGGGGACCUAUGGCUGCCCCAUGGAUUUCAGAAUCAUACAGCCCAGCAAUGCUUUCCGCAUCUAACGGCUGUGGUCUUUCCGUGUCCAGCUCUUCUCCCAUCGCCCCAGUUGGUGUUUCCAUGGCUUCAGAAAACGCUAUUGAAGGACCUUUAGCUGUUGCUGGUCAAAUCCCGUUCUUGGGAGCUGUCCAGGUUGAUGGAGCCCUCCCAACUGCUGGAGCUGGUGCUAUUUCUUACGGCUCUGGUAAUGGCCAGGUUGCGAUGUUAGCUGAGGAUAUUGCAGGAAGUUAUGGAGCAGUUGCCCCAGGAUUUGCUGGUCCAUACAGAGGUCAAUGUGGAGCAUACUAUUAAAAUCACAACAAUUGUGAUUUUACGUCACAACUCGUUAUUCUUAACCAAAAAAGGCAGUUAGUUACUGCGAGUUAUGUGAGGCCCCAGGCCCUGACCACAUUUAGUCAAAUUUUAUUUGUUUGAUUGUCCAGUUAAAUGCGAUUUGAUUAAAGUUUACGAAUAUAUGUAUUGUAGGUAAAAUUUAA